AUCGCUCGGGCGGCUGCAGGGCCUGGUCAGUGAGGUUAAGAUGUGCGCACGAGGGUCUGCGAUCUUGGGUUUGAGGCCAUCGCCCGAGGGAUCCUACCUCCACCGAAUUGAGGCCAUCUUCGGUAUUACGGAUUGAGGCUAUCUCCGUCAUAGGCAAUAAAUGUUAAGUGGUUUGACUUUGGUGAAAGUCUAAAUUGGUUUGACCGGUGGUCAAAGAGUUCAUGAGAAACCCGUAACACUUAAAUCGUUUUGAAAAGAAAGAAAAUAAGUUGACUGUUGGUCAACCGUCUAAAGAACCGAAUGUAAAGUUGAAUUGAUUUUUAUUAAAAGGAUAAACAUAUGAACGAUCUUAAUUGUUGAAUUAUUAUGUUUAUUCUUGUGCUACAAUGGAGUACCACUCAGCGUCAAUGCUGAGCGGAUAGCGUUGUUUUCUUUUGCUGUCCGUAGGUGAUCAGACAGAUGAACCUAGAGCCGAUCCCAGAGGGCAUUGAGGAGGAGAUGUACGAUGGCGUGGCUGUCUCUUUAAUCUGUUGAUUAUGCUUUAUUUAAUUAACUUUAAUGCUUAUUACGUUUUCGGGCAAGAUCCCAAGUUGUUUGACUUUAAAAAGGCUUCCGCAUUAUUUUAAAUUACUCCGAUGGAUUUUUAUAUGUAUUGAUAAAACGUUUGUUUAAAAUUGUUCUGAAAAGAAUGAGUCAAGAAUCGACCCACGGUCAGUACGUUCCGGAGCCGGAGCACGUGAGCGUGCACACGGUGAACACCGAGGGUUCGAGUUUCACGCCUCCAUGUGACGGAGGGCAACAACAGAAUCAACCUGCGCCAGCGGGACAGCCACCAGCUGUACCACCGCCAGUCGUACCACCGCCAGUGAUGCCACCGUUGGCGAUACCGCCGGUGGCCUACGAGCAGAUGUUCCCGGCCAUGAUGGCCCAUUAUAUGCAGCACAUGGCGCAGUUUAUGCCCAUGUUCCAGCCACCGCCACCACCACAGCCGCAGCUGCGCAUCGUUACCUUCAAGAUGUUGAAGGAUAAUGGAGCGGAAGAGUUCCGAGGAGACAAUAUGGGGGAGCCCCAGAUUGCAUUGGAUUGGCUUGAGCAAAUGGACCGGACGGAAAAGAGCUUGGAUGAUUUGCAGGCAACCAAGAAGGAGGAUCGAGCGACGAAAGACCCGCGACCCGCGGCCAGCACCGGGCCGAGCGGGAAGAGUUUUGGAUUCGGGGGAAAGAGGUACGAGAAGGGUUCUUCGAGUGCGCCGCCGCCUAAGAGGAGUAAGUCGAGGCCGUCUCCGUCGGCCGCCGCUAGCAACUCGAACAGAACGAGGAGCCACCCGCAAUGUGUACAGUGUGGUAGGCAUCACCCGGGCGAGUGUUGGCUCGCCCAAGGCUUAUGUUUGGGUUGUGGUCAGCCAGGGCAUUUCAGGAGGCAUUGCCCGACAAACCCUAGCAGCGAGCCUGUUUUACUUAGAGCUCCGGAUCAGCCUGCCGCAUCACAUCCAGCACGGAGUCAGCAGUCUACGGCCGCAAAUAAUCAGCAGAGAGCACGUCCGCAGCAGUCAGGCCGGGCACCAACGCGUACCUACGCCGGUGCUUCGGCAAGCUCGUGGUGGGAGUAAGAGAUGAUUUUAAUUUUAUCUGAACAAUUUCAUUUCAGAUUUUAAAACUCAUUGCAUAUCAUUUUUCUUAAAUU